AUGGAUCCAGUCGCUGACGAUGGAAUCAGCACCGUCUACAUCCAGAACAUCUCACCGGCCGAGGUCCGGGAUCUCCGGGAGACUCUGACGAAAAUCGACUGUGUUAAAAACUUCUUUCCUCUGCUCAACAAGGUGUUUAUCGAGUUCGAGUCGGCCCGUGACGCCGAUCGCAUCGGAGUUUGGUACAGCCUCCUGAAACGCUGCCCUGCACACAACAUCUACAGGAUGAAGCUGCCCCGACACACCAGCACAUCUCUGCCGCCGCGGCUAGCGCCGAAGGCUCUGCCAGACAGCAAAGAUGUCGCCGCCGGUCCCGUCGUCCCGGCAACAAGCGUUGGCGUCCCGCUGGGCAGCACGCCGCCAUUUUCAGUCACCAUAACAACCACUCCUUUCAUCUUCCCAACUGCGUCUCCCUGGUUCAUCAUCCCAAAUUUUAGCACAAUCAAGACUAAAAGGGACUUAUGGACACCUGCCUCUAAGGGCCCUAAGUCCUCCACCAUCAUGUUGACGCGUUUACCAGAAGGAAACUACAAACACGAAGACAUCGCCAAGCUGGUGUGGAGCUAUUUCCGCAAACAGAACCUUCAGACUCUGCUCUACAACAUCGUGGUCCUGCCUCUGCAGAGGAGGGCUUUUGUGCAUUUCGCCGACUGGCUAUCGUGUUGCAACUUUGUUGGAGAUUUCCUGAAGAGUCCAGCGUCCAUCAACGACUGCACGCUGUACCUUCACCAAGUCUUACAGGAGAUGCCUUCUGGGUUCAGUGAGGAUAUUAUGUACAGAAAUAUGAUGAAAUGGAGCAAUGCUCACGUUCCAGAGCUCGAGUCUCUAGAGGAGCGACUGCUGAUCGUGGUGGUUUCUGAGAUUUCUGUGUACCUCAUUAUUAACAUCAUGAAGGCGGUGACGUCCAUCGCGCCGAUUGUCAGCUUUCUUCCACUCGCCAGCAGAAUAUGCAUUGAGAUGGUAGAUUCAAGCGGCGUAACGCGAGUGGUAGAGAAUAUUUCACAUGCGUCUAACCUAGAAGUUUGGACAAAAGUUCAAUGCGUUGAAUCGGCGAAAAGCCUGAAACAGCACAUCAACGACUGCACAAAUCUCAAGAUAAACCUUGAAGAGGACAUGAAGGACAUCUGGACUAAGACUCCAGCUGCAAAGAGUAAACCACAGCUUCCUCCUGCUGAUGUUGCUGAUACAAACACACAACCUGGUCUCCAAGGAUCUGCAGAAAUGUCUGACAUCGCCGUUGCAGACAAAGAAGUAGACUCGGCAACGAAAACAAACCAGGCUUCAAAGGAGAAUGUGUCUGAAGCAGAAGUUAAGAUUGUAGAAAAGACAGAAAAAAAUGAAGCAGAGAAGAAAAUUGAGCCGUCCAAAUCUACUGUUUUAGAAAAGCAAGUCUGUAUCUCUGAGCUGGUUCAGGAAUCUGCAAAAACUACACAGAGAGGAAUUGAACCAGUGCCUGAAAAGAAAGGAGAGGCACAAACAGUUAAAGAUAAUAUUCAGCCGCAUGUAAGCAAAAAUGCCAAAACACCGGAGCUGAAGGACACGAGACAAACUGAUCAGAUUGAGGCCAAAGGUUCUGCUGAAGCCAAAGAAGAAGAAGUGAAACCCAGCAGUAAUCCGCUGCUAACCCACACGGUGAAGACUGCACCGCAUAAACCUUUGACUGAUCCAGCUCAGGAAGUACAGACCACAUUAAAAACCCACAAACCCACACCAGAGGUCCAGAAAGACAAGAAACCAAACCCAGACCCGUCUUCAGUCAAAAGGGACGCGUCACAAAAGCCGCAGCCAACUGCAGGAGCCCCAGCUGCUGUAGCAGUGAGAUCAGCAUCUAAGGUCAAACUUCCUGACGCUGGUAAUUCCUGUUUAACUCCUGGAGACCAGAUAGAAAAUCAUCUGAACGCGACAACAGAAUUCAACUGGGUCUCUGUGGAUGCCUCCUCGUCAGCAUUUCUUUCACUUGAUGUGAUUCUGGUUAUAUCAAACCUGCCAGCGUUCCGUGACGGCUGCUACACUGAAGCCGACGUCAUCGCUCUGCUCCAGAACCUCGGCGUUCACUGUGAAAAGGACAAAAUCUUCAUCAUUCCUCAGUCUCUCGUUGCUUUUGUGUUUUCUCCGAACAUGAAGGAGGUGCAAGAAUUGAUGUUGGCCAAAAAGGACGUCGUCUUCAAAGACUCAAAGCUCUGUUUUGGUGUCAUAGAAGAAAAUAAACCCUCGAAUUUAUUUUUUCAGUUUCGGGUUUAUAAAUUCCUGAUGAGUUUCGCCACAUUUAAAAGCUGUUAUCCACAAAGAGCAGUUUACAUCCAGGACAUCUCCGUGAAUGAAGCCAGAAGUCUGAAAACUGAAAUGCGAAGGGUUGGCAGUAUGAUAAACUACCUGCCUCUGCUCAACAAGGUUUUUGUUGAAUUUCAAUCCAUGUGUGAUUGUGAUCGGGUUGGAGUCUGGCACGGCUUCCUCAAGCAUCGGCGCUCCCACACAGUUUACCGGCUGGGUGUGCCGGAAGCCUCUGCAACAUCAAAGCCGCCGAGGAUGCCAGCGCUGGCUCUCCCGAGCAAUUCGUUGAUCGUGGCGAAGGCAGGCGUCCCAAAGGAGAACGCCGUUCCUCUUGGCAGCAAAGCACCGUUCUGGGUUACAAUGACAACUAAACCCUUUUUGUUCCCUACUGCGUCGCCUUGGUUCAACAUCCCAGCUUACUGGCAACACUCCUCAAUGGAAAACAUACGGAAAUGUAUGCUGGAAGGUUUCAUGCGGCCAACAAUCAUGCUGACGGGUUUGCCGAUGGAGGCCUACACACACGAGGACGUGGCGGCGCUAGUGUGGAAAUAUCUUCCCGCGCACAGUCUUCACACGCUCCUCUACAACGUUAUGGUUUUACCGCUGCAGAGGAGGGCCUUUGUGUGUUUCAGCGGCUGGGAGGCUUGCUCCAGUUUUUUUCAAGAUCACCUCACAAAGCCCAUUGUCUUCAAAGGCUCCACUUGCUAUGCCUAUUUAGUGCGGGAGAAUAUCCACCCUGCAGAUGAUGAGGAGUCCUUGUACAAAACUCUGAUGAAAUGGAGCAACACUCAUGUUGCAGAGCCGGUGGGCCUGGAGGAGCGGCUGCUCUGUGUCGGCGUGUCGGCGAUGGACCAGCACACAGCCAUGGCGGUCAUGGAGGAGGUGGCCAGCAUCGACACUUUUACCAACUUCCUGCCGCUGGCCGACAGGAUUUAUAUCGAGAUGACAACAUCCAGCGGCGUGAAAAAGGUGGUAGAGAACACGCUGCUGUCAAAGUUGGGUAAAAAACGUGAAGAUUGGAAGAAAGUUGGACGCAUCGAGUCAGUAAAAAGCAGAAAGAAGCGCCUCACGGACUGUAAAACCAUCCCGGUAAAGCUGGAACCGGCCACAGUUCACACCGAGCCCACUGCCGUGAAGAGCGAAGAACAUCGGGGGUCUCCUUGUCGUAAGGAAACCAGAUCUUCUGAUUCAGCCGAGCCCUCGGCGGCCGCAGCGGGAUUAAGCAACGCAGCGACACGGGAGAAACGCGACGCCGAGAAAACGACUCGCUCCACCGUGACCGACGUGAAGACGGCCGAUGAAACGGGAGACGAGUCGCCGACCGGCUGUGCUCUGCGACCCAGAACUCUGGUUCAGCCCGGAGAAGAAAACCUGCAGCUUCCUAAGAUGGAUCUGGAAAGUUUCAAUGUGGUUAAAGCGCUUCUAACUCAGUUCAGACUCCAGAGGGAAAACGCCAAAGUGAGCCAAGAGGUCUCCAGUAAAUGCAGCAGCAGCUCGUCUGCAGGACCAAAGGACGAACGCAAUCGAGAAACAGAGAGCCCCGGAAAGAGAAGCGAGAGGCAAAGCUCAAGCUCAGACGCGUUACCUGCAGACAGGAGGACCUCUGCACCUUCCUCUAAAAACCUCAUGAGUUUAUCCCCAUCCAAAUCCCCAAAAAUGAGAUUUUCCCCCCAUGCCACAUCUUCAUCCAAACCCUCUUCUUCUGCCAGAGGCCAGGGAACCUCCACCUCCUCCUCUUCAGAUCCAGUCCGGACCAAGGGAGCUUCUUCAUCUGCAGGUCGAACCCAUUUAUCUUCAGGAGGUCUCAGCAGGUCUUCAGAAACAUGCCAGCCACAGAAAAACAUCUUAGGACCCGGAGAGCGUGCAGGGGACAAAUCUGCAGAGGGAAAACCAAAAGCAGACGAGCAGAACGCGGAGUUACCCGGCAGAAACGAGAGGCCAGAGAAAGAUUGCACAGAUAAAACUAGGAGUAAAACAGAGGAGAACCAUAAAGAUAAAGUCGGCCAAAGCAAAGAGGAGAAUCAUCUGAACCUCAAUUCUCUGGGUGGGAAAGCUGGAGAAGACACAGAGAAAGAGCAGAAACAAGACAUCAGAUUUAAAGGUGGCCAGGUUGGACCUGAGAUGAGCCGUAGUUUAGAUCAGGGAGAACUUGAGGCCAAAACCCGCAGUGAAGCGGAGACAAACGCUGCUGUUCAAGAAAAGGGCGAAGUCUCUGUGAGCGAGGAAAACCGUCAAGUCAAAGGUUUGACGGUAAAACCAGACAAGAGAACCGGCGCGUCUAUUCCUGCGGAGAAGGAAAACACAGCAGUAAGACGGGAGGGUUCAGAUAAAGAGUCUGAGAGCGAAACGAAGGACCGAGGGAGGGCGGAGGAGAGGGUCUCUGAGGGCGGGGUCCAGGAUGACUCCUCCACGGGAUCAAAGCCAGAUGAAACGACGCGCAGAAAAGCUGCCACUAAUGAACCACCCAUCGCCACAAGAUCCACCAGAGCAGGAAGGAAAACGACUUCAGAUGAAGCAAACGAGGAUGGGACUCCAACGAGGAGGAGGACAGGCACUCCUCCCAGAGAUACGCAGGAACAAAAGAAGCAGGAAGCAGUAAAAACAGAAGAAGAAACUAGUCCAACAACCUGUGAGCAGCAAGCGUCACAAGAGUCUUCAGACGACGUCGGCCUCGGAGAGACAGAGGAGCAGGAAGAAGGAGCGGCAGCAAAGAGACCCAGAGGUCGACCCAGGAGGACGGCCCUGCUGACUCCAGUAAGAAAAUCAGCCAGAGGGAGAAACUCUGAAUGUCCUGAUGGACAGACGGCGAAGGAAUGUAAGGAGGAGAGAAAAGACGACGUUAAAGUCCCUAGUAAACGGACGAUGGAGCUUUGUGGACCUGAAUCAAAGAAACCCCGUGUCUCUGCCGACUUCAAACUCCCUCCAUUCGACCCUAAAACACCUCUGGGGAAGGAGUUUGUGAGGCGUAAGUGGGGGAAUUUCUGUAACCUUUGCUCUGUGGCCUUUUUGGACCAGAGCACCGAGGACCAGCACUGCAGAACCCAAAUGCACUACGACAACCUGCAGAAAUAUCACCAGAAGCGUCUGAAUCUGAAACCUUUGAGAAUAUUGAAACAAAAGUGAGCGGGACCUGUUGCUGUUUGACGAUGUUGGAAGAUUGUGAAGCUGUUCUGAAGUGUUAGCGAUUAUAAUUAUAACUUGAGUUCACUUUCUUGAUUGUUAUUUUUUUUCUUAUGGUAAACUAUUUGUAUGUUUUCAGUCAUUGCCAGACAAUUAAUAUAAACAAUAUUCUUUUUUUUUUCUAUGAAAAUGAUGUACUGAAUCGGCUCACUGUAGCUAAAAGAAUGUUUUGUAUGAUCACUUUUUCCUCUUUUUUACACAUUCUGUACUAAUUUUCAAGCAAAGCAGUACAUAAUUGUAUAACACGCUUCCUAUAGACUCUCUAAAUAUUAUUUUGAGAUAAAAUCAUAAACAUCCUGACAGUAUUACCAAUGUUUUUGUAUGAAGAAAAUACUGAAGUGACUUUGGUUAAGGCAAAAAAAAAAAAAAAAAAAGAGGACACACUGCUUUAUUUGUUCAGGUUGUUUAUGUCCUGAUGUUGUGAAGUAAAAUAAAGUAUAAUUUUACUGUAAAA